ACUCCUCGAGGUUGUGUCCCCCGGUGACGGGCGUUGGAGGUUGCUGGUGGGAUGGUAGUGGCCGAAAGGGAGAAGGGGUGGCCCAAACAGGGCGUUCGGAGGAGCUGUGGAAGUGCCCGCUCGGCUUAGGCUCCAGAUGUUGAAGAAGCUGCCGGGACCUCCACGGGCCCCAAACUGUUUCUUCAGUUCUCAUGUCUCCGGAGGCACGUCACACGUUUCGCUGAUGGUACCAAAAUGGAUGCAGUGCCAACGUGCUAACAGAAGAAAUCUCAGGAGAAAGCAUUUUCACCUUGCUCUUGGUACAGCUGCAGGGCCUACCAUGGCUCCUGUGAAGAUUAGCCACGUGGUAUCAUUUUCCUCUCAGGAUCCCAAGUAUCCUGUGGAGAAUUUGCUGAACUCAGACAGUCAGAGGGGACCAUGGCUCAGUUGCCCUCGAGACAAGAGUGGGCAACUCAAAGUGGAACUACAGCUGGAGAGGGCAGUGCCCAUUGGCUACAUUGAUGUAGGUAACUGUGGCUGUGCUUUCCUGCAGAUUGAUGUGGGCCGUUCUUCCUGGUCCCUGGAUACACCUUUUGUCACCUUGCUCCCUGCAACCAUGCUAAUGUCUCUAGCUGAUUCAAAGCAGGGAAAAAAUCGCUCAGGGGUCCGCAUGUUUAAAGAUGAUGAUUUCCUGGCUCCAGCCUCAGGUGAGUCAUGGGAUCGACUUCGCCUGACUUGUUCCCAACCCUUCACACGUCAUGAGUCCUUUGGCCUGGCCUUUCUGCGUGUGUGUUCCUCUCUGGACUCCUUAGAUGACCCUGUGAUGGAUCCGUCAGCCCCUGUGAGCCCUGUGCUGAGCCAGAGCUCUAAUGCUUCGGAGUCUGGUCCCAGCCCCUGGAUGGCUAAUCCUUCCAUCCGGAGGACAUUCUUCCCAGAGCCCCAAACGAGCACCAAGGAAAUUUCAGAGCUUAGGAAUAUCCUAAAGCAGCUGCAGCCAGGGACUUUGGGGCGUUCAGCUCGCAUGGUGCUUUCAGCUGCCCGCAGGGCACCUCCAGCCAGUGGGGCGAGCCUAAAAAACAACCCUGCAGAACCAGGUCCCAGUCAUCCAGACAGUGCAGAGCCCAGACUAGAGGAGCAAAACUCAGAGAAUGAUGUGGGCAAGAUGAAGAGACGGAAAGUGCAAGCCCGCAGGCCUUUAUCCUACUCAAACUCUCAGCCAAAUAGGAGGGCAAGAGCAAAGACAGGGCAGAGAGAACACCACCAACCCCAGGCCCGAGCCAGCGGUGUCCAGGAUAGUGGGGAGUGCCCCAUUUGCGCAGGCUCCUUCAGCGUUGAGAUUCUUCCCCAGCACGCUGCCACUUGUGGAGAGACCUCCCCACCUCACCUAGCCUCUCCCUCCUCAUCACCACCUUCAUCACCGUCUGUACUGUGGGUGUCCUCAGAGAGCUCAUCACCCAUUUCCUGGGUCCAGUGUCCUAUCUGCCAGUUGCCCUUCCCAGCAGGAGAAGUGGAAGAACAUGCCAGCAUGUGUGGGGAGGUCCCUGAGGCAUGAGCCAUGAGGACCUGUGGUUUGAGCCCCUUGCCGUCUGUGACUAAAACUGGGGAGUGGAUCUCUUGACGGUAAACAAGUGCCCAUGAGGCCAAGCGCUGUCUCUGCUUCCCUCCACACUCUCCCUCAAGACUCUGCCCAAUGGCACCUCUGGACCCAGCCUGCUUCCCACUCCCAGUUGUCAAGGCUUCUGUCACCAUGGCGCCUUACUUUCUCAAGGACAGCUUCAUCCUUUUCCCCUUUGGAACUUCUGCUGUAGUGCUGGGCUCUGGGACACAGUCCAGAU